AUGCUACCGACUCUGCAUUCCGAGGAGCCGAAGAAGACAUUUACGGGACCUGUACAGAGCUACCCAUGGACGCGGCUGGAGGACCCUGGACAGAGCAGCGCCGAGGACGGCGGGACGGCGGGGGAACAGGAGUACACGAUGGCCGCCGACGGCGACGCGCCUGCAGCGCGGCCGUCGCCGUUCGGCUCGCCGCCGGCAUUGUCUCCGCUGAUGGCCCUCAACAGCAAAACCUGUCCGGUGUGUCUCAAGGAGUUCACCCGCAAAACAUCUCUAAAUACUCAUCUACUGAUUCACGCAGAUAUCCGGCCCUAUCUCUGCGACUACGCCAACUGCAACAAGUCAUUCAAUGUCAAGAGUAAUCUCAACCGUCACCUGCGCAUCCACAGGGGGCACGAACUGCACCACGAGCAGGGCUCGUCGCAGGAGCCCAGCGACCCGUAG